AAUCACAUCUAUAUUCUGAAAGAAGUCAUUUCACAGGGUUUUACGGCCAGUAAAUUUUUCAAGAAACUAGGAUAUCAAUUUUCUCAAAAAUAUCAAGCUGAAGAUGAUUUGCGGAGAACGUUGAAAAAACUUGCUUCUAUGAAUGAUGAAUACUCCCAGAAAGCAGAAAGCCUAUACAACGCGAUUGAUAAACAUUUGGGUUCUUCUAACGUAGAAAAGUAUUGGAAUAGUGUACGGAUACAAGACGAACAAAACAAAACUCGCGUUAAUCAAAUAAUUGUUGAAGAGAAAAAAAAACAACAUAAAUGUCUUAUUGAUUCUAACGUUAUAACCGAGCACGAUAUAUCAAGUAAUAAAUUAACAUUAGAAUUUCAAAAAAUGGAGAAUGAACUUGUUACUCCAAAAAAACGAAUGAAUCUUGAUUUUUAUGACGAAAGGAUAUUUAAAAGAUCAAACAACGAUGACUAUAUUUCACCAGGAAGGUAUUCUCCGAUCGAUAAUUUAUUUAUUGGACAGAUCGAGAAAGAUGAUGACAGUCUAAUAGUUGAUGAUGUUGGUGAUAUUUAUUUUGAGAGAAACGAACACACAUAUGAUUAUAAAAUAAGGAAUAUCAAUGUGUCUCAGCUAUUCAGACAGUAUCAGAACGAAUCAGUUAAAAUUUCAAAAAAUGGUGGUUUAACUGUGGAAUCCAAUGUUCACGAAAUCUUGUCUUUAUCAUCAAUUUUUUUAUUAACCCCUGGAUCACAUUCAAAAACGAUGAUCACCAUAUUUGGUUCACAAUUACUUGAUGAAAUACAUCGACGGAUCAUCCCUAUCCAGUGUGCAACGCUUAAUUUAGAAUGUGAAUUAAAAUUUCGGGAGUCUAUCAAGAAAGCGAAAAAGUCUCGUGACGAUGCCAUGGACUGGUUUCUCAAAGAGCUUACAGAUGAUCAACUCUUGAAGGAAAAUUUGGGUUAUGUAAUUUUAAAGGGUCUGGAAACAUUACCUAGUGAAGAAAUCAGGAACGAGCCUAGUGAAAUAACAUUAAUUACAAAUUACUUGGAUUAUAUUAUGAAAGGCGCGUUUCAUCAUCCGGAUAAACACAUCGUUCAAUGGCCUAAUACAGCUUUAAAUGAAAGCAGAUCAAAAAAAUUUGAAGGAAGAAGUAAGCAACCGGAUUUUGCCGUCUCAGUUAUUCAUCAACUUCAAACAGAAGCUGUAGUAUUUGUGGGCGAAGUCAGUCCGCCAUCGCAAAAAAACAAUGUGCACAAAAAUUGUAAUGACCUUAUUCGAAUUGGCGUGUUCAUGAAGGAUUGUGCUGAUUUUUCAAUAGAUAAAGGUGUUGACAUUAACAUAAUAGGUUUCCAAUGUGUUGAUUAUACGAUUGACUUUUAUACGUUAAAUCUUGAAAGAGGAACAUAUUUUAUGCUUCAUAUUGGUCAGAUUACAGUACCGGCAUCAGUAAAAGAGAUGUUAUCCUUUGUUGAUGAACUAGGAACACUAUUAGCAGUACGAGAAAUUUUUCAAAAAUCAUAUAGUGCCCUGUAUAAUAAGCUCUGCAAUCCGGGAUUGCCGUCAACGAAGGCAGAAUUCAAACGCGACACCCUGGAAACACCCAAAUUUAGGCAACUUGUAAAUAAAACACGUGAUUGUAAUCGAGUAUGCCCCUUCUGGUAUGGUCGUUUCUGA